AUGACGUUUCUUAAGCAACUUUUGGGGUCAAGAAAAGCUGCAGCCAUGCUUAACCCCAAAUCAAUAUCUCCUUCUGGUGAUGAAGAUGCUCGUCAUCGCUAUGUUGAGACCGACCCAACCGGUCGAUAUGGUCGGUUUAAGGAAGUUCUUGGAAAAGGGGCAAUGAAAACUGUAUACAAAGCCAUUGAUGAAGUUCUUGGAAUGGAAGUUGCGUGGGGUCAAGUGAAGCUUAACAACUUGCUCAGAUCUCCUGAAGACUUAAAGCGUCUCUACUCAGAGGUUCACCUUCUUGGCACCCUCAAUCAUGAUUCAAUCAUCAAAUUCUACACCUCAUGGAUUGAUGUGGAUCGAAGAACCUUUAAUUUCAUUACUGAAUUGUUCACUUCAGGAACCCUCAAAGAAUACAGGAAGAAAUACAAUAAAGUGGAUAUCCGGGCCAUAAAGAUUUGGGCCCGUCAGAUUCUCUCGGGUCUGAUUUAUCUUCAUGGGCAUGAUCCGCCCGUGAUCCAUAGAGACCUUAAAUGUGACAAUAUUUUUGUAAAUGGGCAUUUGAGUCAAGUAAAGAUUGGUGAUCUUGGCCUUGCAGCUAUUCUUCGUGGCUCUUCUAGAGCACAUACAAUCAUUGGUACACCAGAGUUCAUGGCACCCGAGCUUUAUGAUGAAAACUACAACGAAUUGGUUGAUGUCUACUCAUUCGGAAUGUGUGUAUUAGAAAUGCUAACUCAUGAAUAUCCGUAUAGCGAAUGUACAAAUCCUGCACAAAUUUACAAGAAAGUAACAUCGGGUAAACUUCCACGGGCAUUCUAUAAAGUGAAAGAUCUAGAAGCUCAAUGUUUCAUUGGAAAGUGUUUGGUGAAUGUUUCGAAUAGGUUAUCUGCUAAAGAUCUAAUGCUUGAUCCGUUUUUAGCAAUGGAUGAAUACGGGUUGUUACCUGUAUCUAAAUAUGUUCAUCAGAAACCGUUUAUGAAUGAUGAGAUUGAAAUUGAGAAGCUGAGUUUAGGUGGAAAUCCACCACGAACCAACAUGUCGAUUGCUGGGAAAUUGAAUCCGGAUGAUGAUACCAUUAUUCUUCGGGUGCAAAUUGCAGAUAGAGAAGGUUCUGUGAGAAACGUGUACUUCCCGUUUGAUAUAUUACACGAUACAGCGGAUGAGGUGGCGUCUGAAAUGGUUAAGGAGCUUGAGAUCACAGAUUGGGAGCCUUUGGACAUUUCUGAUAUGAUUGAGGGAGAAAUUUCGGCUCUUGUACCCACUUGGAAUAGUGAUCAACAUACGCAUAUUCUUAAUCUCAAUCAUGAUGAAGAUGAUGAUCACAACCAUCCAUUCCGAUCUCUAUCGUCUUCCUCAUCGUCUCAAUUAUCAUUCUCCGGAAUGACGGAUUCCCGCCAGACGGAUGGAAUGGCAUCGGGUGGUGAUUGGUUGCAAGGACAUAACAUGAAACAUGACGGCAUGUAUGAUAUUUUGCAUGCGUUGGAUUGGAACUUAAGAUUAAGUUUUGCAUCCUCAAACGUAAUUGUAGACUACUGGUGGAAGAGCACUAUGUAA